UCAUUUUUUUCACCCUGCACACAGAGGAUAUAAUAAGAACCCACCGCCAUGAGUCGGACCACCUUUUUUGAGGUGAGGGUCCUGGAUGCCAAGACCAAAGAGCAGCUUUGUUUUUUAGAUAAGGUGGAGCCCUACUCAACAAUAGGAGACAUCAAGAGCCUCUUUCACAAAUCACACCCUCACUGGUAUCCAGCAAGACAGGCCCUGAGGCUUGAUCCCAAGGAAAAAACACUCAGAGAUGAUGAAAUCUUACAGAGUCUACCUGUUGGGACCACUGCCACCAUGUACUUCAGAGAUCUUGGUCCACAAUUAAGUUGGACUAUGGUGUUUCUGGCAGAGUGCAUCGGGCCCCUUCUCACCUACCUCCUCUUCUAUUUUCGAGUACCGUACAUUUACUCUAACAGAUAUGCCUUCACCUCCAGUCCUCAUCCUGUUGUCACACUAGCCUGUGCCUGUCACACCUUCCACUACAUGAAGAGGUUGAUAGAGACUAUCUUUGUGCAUCGUUUCUCCCAUGGGACCAUGCCUCUCAGGACAAUAGUCAGGAAUUGUGCCUAUUACUGGGGUUUCUCAGCUUGGUUGGCUUACUACAUCAACCACCCUCUUUAUACACCUCCAUCAUAUGGAGAACUUCAAGUUAACUAUGCAUUAGUGAUAUUUGUGAUGUGUGAACUUGGCAACUUCUCCAUUCAUCUGACUCUUAAUAAUCUCAGAGGAGAGGGACCCAAGGCCAGAAGGUUUCCUAUGCCAACAAAGAACCCAUUCACAUGGCUAUUUUUCUUUGUAUCCUGUCCAAACUACACGUAUGAGGUUGGAGCUUGGGUGAGCUUCUCCAUCAUGACCCAGUGUCUGCCAGUGGCAUUGUACACAUUAUUGGGGUUCAUUCAGAUGACCAUCUGGGCCAAAGGGAAGCACAGAGCCUACAGCAGGGAGUUCAAGGACUACCCCAGCCUCCGGAUGGCCAUUAUCCCUCUGAUUCUCUGAUAGUGAUCACAACAUGAAUUAAUGUAGCAUAUAAGACGUGUACAUUCACUCCCCACAGGUGUUUUUCACUGUGGCUGAGGCCAGCACUAUGCAAGCGUUUGUUUUUUAUAUCAAUGAACUGAAAGGAGUGGGAAUGGGAGCAAUAAUAUUACGGCAAUAAACUGGAGCAUUAGAAAUGGCUGGGAACAUUUUAAUUGUUGAGUUUCAACAACUGGUUUUAGUUUCUUAGGAGUCUGAUGUGGCGUUAUGAUAUCAGCUUUGUACAGAGAUUAGGUACAUCUUCAAUCUGCUGUCAUAUUCUCUACACACAGUCAUAGGAUGUUUUUGAUAUUCAGGACUUGACUGAAGGUUGGAAAUGGCACGUCAGCAUUUUAGCAACCCUUAUUCAAAUCAGCGAGCAGUUCUCAUCGCAAGCUGGCUUCUAUAGCCCACAGGUUGUGUCACUCCUUCUCAGUGAUGAACGCUUACAGCACUUAUAAAGUUUUCAGGUUAAGUGAAAGAAAUAAAACACACUCUAGGUCAUAAUAAAGUUCCUGUGGAAGCAAACUAACAGACUGGAAUUUAAAAUGUCACGGCAUCCAUUUGAGAGUGCAACAUAAUUUUUAAGCUCUCAUGAGGAAUGCUGAUGAAGCAGACAUUUAAUUAUGCUAAUACUAAGCUUCUCCGCCGUAUAUCUCAGAUUGUUUUCUUAAAGAGAAAUGAAACUGUAUUGUAGGUGUGGAACUUCUGGCAUUAAUGUGUGGAAG